AUGGAGGCCACUGACUAUCCCCAAGCCUGGGCAUGUACUCUUGUCCUCCAGAUUUAUAAUUCAGGCCAGCAGAAGCCAAAUUCUGCAGCAGGCCCUGAAAAUGGACUGUUGAAGGUUCUAAAUCCCACCCCUGGGCCAUCUACCACAUCUACCGCUGCUGCCUCCACUUCAGCAGCACAACCCAGCCAUGAUGCAGCAGCAUCAAGCGGUCUUCCUGUUGCCUCCACCUCUGCAGCACAACCCAGCAGUGAUGCAGCAGCAUCAAGCGGUCCUCCUGCUGCACCAAUAGACUCUGCUGACUGGCCUUCUGCUUUAACUGAAAAGCUAGAUGUGGCUGUCGACUUGCUGAAGAAAACCAAAGAUUCCCUCACCAGCUACAGAAACACUGGAUUUUCUGAUGCACAGACAACGGCAAAGGAGAUGUGUGAAGAAAUGAAUGUGGAGGCUGAACUCAAACAAAAGCGAUUGAGAACCACCAAAAGGCACUUCGGUUAUGAGUCUCCAGAUGAGCCCAUACAAGAUGCACUUAAAAAUGGAAACCACAUUUUUAAUGUGGUAGUGGAUACAGCCAUCUCUUCACUUGAUGAGAGAUUUCAGAACCUUGGAGAGGUGAAUGACAAGUUUGGAGUACUCCUCAAUUUCCACAACUUACAAAAAAGAAGAGCUGCUACAGCAGUGCCAAACACUGAGUACUACUCUGACCCAUGA